UUCCCUAUGCCUUUACCACCCUAGGAAAAACAAUCGGCCAGGAGAAGCAGGAGAGCAGAAAACGACGGCUACCAAACAUGGCUUUGAAUCGGAAUCAUUCGCAAAACGGAGGCGUUUUGAUAAACAAUGGAGAAAGUGUUUUAAGGGAAUGUAAGAAUGUGGAGCUGUCAUUCAGCGAUGUCACCGGCAAGACAGACUUGCUUAGGGGGACCAAGAAGGGCACCAUUUACCUCACACCAUACAGGUUGCUGUUUGUGUCCAGUAAUACCAAGGAUUGCUUGGGUUCGGCCAUGUUCCCCUACUAUCUGAUGAAGGGCUGCAGCAUUGAGCAGCCGGUCUUCGCAGCCAACUACAUUAAAGGGACAGUGUCAGCUGAGCCUGGCGGUGGCUGGGAGGGCCAGGCCCAUUUCAAGAUGUCAUUUACCAGCGGAGGAGCCAUAGAGGUGGGGCAGCAUCUCUUCAAACUGGCCACAAAUGGUUCGUAUGCUUCUCGUGCUGCUCCGGCACAAAACGGUGCUGCCUCGUUUGGCUAUCCUUCACCUGGAAUGAUGAACGGCUAUGGCCCACCUCAGCCUGCUCCUCCCAGCUAUCCUUACCCACCCCCUCCCCAGCAGAAUGAAUUCUACCAGGGCCCACCCCCUGCUGCUGGCAACAUGGGCUACCCCCAUCCAACAGCUGCCGCAGGAAUGUACCCAUCUGGUUUUGACUACAUGGCCCCACCUCCCCCCUACCCUGGACCACCCCAAAAUUGGGCUGCAUCCCCCCCGAACUGGGCAGCAACACCACCACCUCCAGCACCUCCAGGUAACUCCAAGGCGGCUGAAGCAGCAGGCAGUGCGUAUUACAAUCCCAGCAAUCCACACAAUGUCUACAUGCCCAUGGAGCGGCCUCCACCGUAUGCACCUUAUCCAAACUCUCCUGAGAAGAAAAGUAACUGAAGCUCACUCCUCUCUCUUCCUCUGUAUCUUAAACCCAUUCUACAGCAGGGAGUAAUGUUGAUGGAUACCUACUGGAUUGUAGAAUACAGGAAAGAAAACGCAAGUGAUACAGGGUUCAAGGAUGUCAGUGAUGAUUCACUGAUGAAUUAAUGAUGAUAUUUUACAAAGAGAUCACGUCUUUUGAAUACCGUUUUCCCUUUUAGUUAAGUUCAUUUAAAAAUGAUUGACAACUUGUAACUCUAGUUAGACUCAGCAUUAUUGACAUUAUUAGCGAUGAGAUUUCUGUCUGUCUAAUUCUCUAGCACGUAGGUAAGGGCACCAAAUCUGUCCUUUGUUGAGAGCUGAAAGGAGGAGGCAGUAUGGGGAAUGUGUUUUUAAGACGGAUUUAUUACCACAACAUUUUAUAGCAAUUUCUUGAUUGCAGUUCCUGUAGUUAUUACCAAUAGCAACUAAGUAUUUUUGCAGUAUCAUUGAAGGUACCGUGUGUGUGUUUCCUAUACAGUUUUGCGUUAAGUUGUACCAUAUACAAAACUAUUAACUAUCUGAAAGAAACUGAUACUAUGAAAACGUAGCGAGUUUAGGUUUCCCUAACAUAUGACCAACGUGAUCCCGCACUACAUCGGUUACAUUACCAUCCGAGUAAUUCCAUUCAUUGUAUGACCCAAAUCUCCCAUCAUCAUUUAAUAUAUGUAGUAGAGGUUUUUGUUAUGAAAAAGGAGCCGUGCAUUGUUUGAAUUGUUUGAAAAAGGGGCAUCCGAUAGACAUAAUUAUCUAUGUGCAAUACUUCAACCUCUCAUAACAAGGUUAAAGGUGACAAGCUGGGGUUACCUGAAUGACCCCGUGCUCUACUCCUGGCUUCUAUUCUAUUCAUGUAUGCAAGCUGAAACCAGACUCUACUCGUGUAAUUACACUAGUAUGGGGUUACAGGGCCACAGCGUUAUAUUAAGGGCCCGUCAGUGUUUUGCCUGCUGUUGAAACUUCUGAUUGCAAACCAUUUAUUCCUGAUUAAAGUGGGGAGAGGUGCUAACAGACCGUGCGAACGCAUCCCCCCCCCCCCCUAAUUGUGCUGUUUGAAGGACGAUUUGCACACAGUUGAAGUAGGAAGAGUAAUUUUUCUGGGGGUUUUUAGUUUGCUUGAAUUAAUCAAAUAUCUGUAUAUUAAUAUCUCUUUUUGCAGUUCUUAUUCCUUUUGCUGAAUUCUGUCAAUUAAAAUCAAAUAAAUGAGUCAUGAUUGAA